ACCGUUGGUCCAGAGUCCAUUGCCACAAUCUGGAAAGUGUAAUACCUCUGUUCUCUAGCUCUUACAUGAUUAAAUGGCUUGUCUGACAAACACUGCUCUGAGCAGUGAUGGUUGCUUAUUGCAAGAUCUAGACUGGGAGAGGCAAGAUGUUGUCUUCCACAACAACACAGGAAAGAAUGUUGAGCUGUUAGAGAAGGACACAAUAGUCAGCAGAGUCAAAGGGACUACUGCAAACCGGGGCAUUGUGUUCACUAGUGAGCCUCUGUCUAUUGGGAAAAUAUUUCAAGUGGAUGUACUACAGGAAGAUUUUUUUGGGGGAUCUCAGCAAGGAAAAUUGAGACUUGGGUUCACUGGAGAGAAUCCUUCCAGCUCAAUACUGCCCCUCAAACCCAUGCUGUCAUGGGAUAACGGCCUCAAGCAUUUACUUACUCUUUGUAAACCUGUCGUCUACAAUGGUAAACGUUGUGGUAUUUUCAAUUCCGUUAUUAAUGGUGCUGUAAAGUCAAUCGGUAUAUUGCUCACAAACAAGGGAGAUUUUCAUGUUUUCACUAACAAGAAGUGGAUUGGCUUCAUCCAUCUUGACAACUAUCCCCUGGACGAACCAAUGUGGGGGGUGGUGGAAAUGAUUGGAGCUAGCAGACAGCUUAAGGCUGUCACUUGGACGGUGGGGAGCACAUAUCCGCCAUAUGCUGAGAAAAGGAUAAUGGACUUGGGAUUACUCAAAGGAAAGGAGGAAGCAAGAUUAGAAUAUCGAAAACUGUUACCACAAAUCAAUGAGGUUAAACCGGCAGUGGGGGCAGACGUAUAUAUUCAACAGCUGGAAGAAUCUCUCAAACUUGAAAUACAGAGGAAAAAUAAUGAAGUUCAGAGUCACCUACAACAACAUAUCACUAGAGAAUUACAACAGCAAAUGGCUGGUUUUAACUACCUCUUUCAACAGAUGUCGCAAGUCAUUGCUUCUGGACAGCAUCAACGUCACCUUGCCAAUCAACAGGAAGAAGAGUUUUGGCAGGUGUCUCCGGAAGAGGUGUCGAUUAGUGAGGACGAGAUAAUUGGCCGAGGAGCCUGGGGCAAUGUCACCAAGGGUACCUUUAGGGGAACAACUGUAGCUGUCAAACGACCACAUCGGGAAAUCCUUCAGGGCAUAACAGUGGAGACAAUUCGUCGCGAGAUUCGCACCAUGGCUCAGAUCCGUCACCCCAACCUUGUCCUCUUUGUUGCUGCCGUCCUCAACGAGCAAACAGGUCCCAUGAUUGUCACAGAGCUCCUGGAUACCUCUUUACGUUCUGCCUACCAGGACGAUCGUGUUGGUCCUAAUAAGCGAAGGAUCUUUGGAGACAUCUCGUCAGCUCUGGUUUAUCUCCACCGACAGAGGGAACCCGUCAUCCACAGAGAUGUGAGCUCCGCUAACGUUCUCCUUCUCUCUCUACCUAACGACAAAUGGCUUGCCAAACUCUCUGACUUUGGAUCAGCCAACCUAGCUCGAGAUGCCACCACCCCCGGUCCAGGUGCCAUCCUGUAUACUGCCCCUGAGGCCUAUCCUCAUCCACCUAUGUCACCUCAACCACGACCACAACAGACGACAAAAAUUGAUGUGUACAGUUUUGGUGUGCUCGCCUGCGAGGUGAUUAAUGCUAGACUUCCAGAAGCUGCUGUAUUUCAAGGCCUGCUGAUGAACGUGGAAGGUGUGUGGCCAGAGCUCCACCCACUCAUCACAUCUUGUGUAUCUUACGCCCCUCAAGACAGACCCUCUAUGGACACUGUGCUACAACACAUCAAACAAUUGGACUGGGAGCCUAAUUAGCCUAGCAUUGAUGUUAUUAAUGUCAAAAUUAUGAAGGAAUUCUAAUGACAACAG